GCUUAAGUUAACCGCACAUAAAUUGAGCAUUGGUCCAUCAUAUCCGUCCAUCCAUCCAUCCACUCACUCAACCAUCGGCACCUCACCUAGCACGCCUCCCCUCCCGCCGCACCGCAGCGAUUGACAGACAGAUAAGUGCCUUUCCUCGGCCUGGCUGACAAAUCAAUCCCUCGCACAUCGAAACCAGAGAGGGACCAUCAUGAUCUCCUCUGAGAUGGGCCGACGGCCUCCCUGCACCUAGCGUACCUGAAGGAGGGAGCAUCAAACAGCACGAAAGAAACAGUAAGCAUCACAUCGCCCGCUGUCUGCCCAUGCUAUCUAUGUUCUCUUCUCUCCCUGGAUGGACGAGCUGAGCUCACCAUACCAUGCUUUGAACUCCGCAUUGCUGUCCUGCAGGACCUUCAGGGUGGUCAUGUCACGCAUGGCGCUCAGCUGCCCGUAGAUGAUCAGGUCGGCCAUGUUGGGACUCUCACCCCCCCUGCGUUGAUUGAUUGCGUCACCGCCAUCCAUCCAGCCAUCCAUCCGGCAAUGUUCGUUUGUGUCGUGCGAGUGAGUGUACGGUACGCACCUGAAUUUGCCGCCCUUGUCGCUGACGCGCUUCAUCCAGUCAGCGAUGGCGUCGAGCAGCUCCUGCCUCUCGUCGGUGAUGUUGUACUUCUUCUUGAGCUUGGGCGACACUGCAGUGCAUCCAUCCAUCAUUCACGCAGUCGCCAACAGACACAGACACAGACACACGAUGCUGUGCGACCCUCCCUCCCUCCCUCCCUCCCUCUGUGUGGUUGGUGUGGUGUGUGCCGACUGACCGACCCACCGAGCCACAUGAAGAGGGAGCCGGUGGUCCUGAGGACCAGCUUCUGCCAUGCCGUCCAGGUGCUCGCACUCUUGGACAUGUACUCGAAAGCCUCGUAACUGAAACACACCACACGCACACGUACCAGCCUGCCUGCCUGCCUUGCUGGUGGGUGGUGCCUUCUGAUCUGUCGCAACCGUGCCGACCUCUCCGAGAGCGUCCUGUAGAUGUUUGGUGGGAAGAGGAUGACCAGCUUGUCGUAAGCCCAGUCGAUGUCGGCCUUCUCCUCCUCGCUGCACUUGUCGAGGCUCUUGAGCGUGGGGGAUGCCGAGCCCCUGAGGUCGGCCAGCCUGUCAAUGAUGUUCUUGCUGUCGUUGACUUGCUCGCUGUUGACCAGGGCGAUGGGCACCUUUCGGUACUUCUUGUCGGGGCUCUGGUCGAUCAAGGGGUGCUUCUUGAUCUCAUCCUUGGUCAGGGGGUUGACCUGACAGACACACAGACAGACACAGAUGGAGGAGCAUCGAUGUAUGGCUGACGAAGGACUUGAUGUGUACUGUACCUCGAUGGCUGUGUAGGGCAUCUUGUUGUGGUCGAGCAAAGCCUUUAAUCCACAGCAAUACGGACACACUGAAACACCGACCGCCACUCAACAUACAACGGCAUGCAGUGCAGUUCAGUGAGGAUCCUGUGUUGUGUUUGCUGACCUUCGUACUGGAAGAUGGUCACAUCCGGCAUUCCGGCUGCCGCUGCCGAUGACGAGAAGUGCCUGCAUCUUGGCACAUGAGAGGGCAGCCGCCUCAUAGGUGAUGAUGCAGCGGGUGUCUGCAAGGCUGAGGUCCAUCGCGCUGAUGGCUGCAGCACCCCUGUAGCAGGCAACUCAUGUGUCAAACGCGUCAGCGGAGCGAUGAGUCUGCGGGCCGACAUCUUCGCUCAGAUCCCCCUUGAGCAGCGGAAGAAAAGCGAAAAUACAAGAGGGCAGGCAGAUCUGCACCACCACAAGAGCCUCGAGCGUCUGUUCCGAG